AUUAUCUCAGAUUGAAUUGAUCGUGGCAAUGCAUUACUUGCUGGCAGAGUAUGGGCUGUGCUGUGCAGGUAACAGAGGAGGGAACAUUUCUAAAACUUGCAAUAAAGCAUCUAUUGUCCUUGGAUAUGAAGCUUAAGUCAAACUUUCAUUCUUUAAACAAGGUAUUGGAAACAAUGCAAUGUAACAAGCAGCUUUCCCACAGUAAUCAUGUCGAAACAUCUCUAGACAAAUCAAAGUCAGACACGGUAAAUGUUGCCUCAGAUACAGUGAAUGUUGCUAUAGAUAAAGGCAAUAUUGUGGAGAAGGAUGUUCUUGAAGGAGUGCCUUCCAAAGGCAUUUUGUCUCAUGAGAGUAUGGAGAAGAGAAUACAGGAUUGGAAUGUAGCAAAUGCAGUGGUGAUGGGCCCAAUGGUAUGUCCCAUGGAGAAAAAGCAAGCAAUCAAUUUAAUGAUCUUGGCAGUGAACUAACUGAAGAUGAAAGGGAGGAACUUGAGUUGGGAAUUGAUAAUGCUUUGGAUCAAUGCUUUUUCUGUUUGUAUGGUUUAAAGCUUAGAUCAGAUUCAUCCUAUGAAGAUGAUUUAGUGCAGCACAAAAAUACUAGCCGUGGCGAUUAUCAGACAAAGGAACAGUGUGCUGAUGUUUUCCAGUAUAUACUGCCCUAUGCAAAGGCUUCAUCUAGAACUGGAUUGGUAAAGCUUCAGAGAGUAUUAAGAGCCAUACGCAAACACUUUCCACAGCCACCAGACAAUGUUUUGGCUGGAAAUGCAAUUGAUAAGUUCUUAGAUGAUCCUAAUUUGUGGGAAGAUAAACUCUCAAAAGUGGCCGGAUCUGAUGGGUUUCUUGAUUCUAUCAUGCAGAUUAUAUUUCCCGAUAGUGGAAGCCUCAAACAACUCAAGGCAUCAUCAUUAGGGAGGUAUACGUCCAUAGAUCAGUAUUUUUGUGUGUCAUCUAAUUUAAUUUUUUCCCCCAAAUGAUGCUUUGGUCCAUAGAUUGUUAUUACUGGGAACGAACUAUCUUUUUGAUGUGUAAUUAACUGAUUGCAGCUCUGACCCAUAUUUGGAGGUCUAUUGCAACUUGUAUUACCUCCUUGCUCAGUCUGAAGAAAUUAGUGUAACUGAUAAAUGGGCUGGGUUUGUACUCUCCAAGGGGAAGAAUUUGUAGAGCAAAACUCUAACAUUUUCAAAUAUGAUUUACAGUACAAUCCUUUACGCUUUGAGAGUUGGCAACAGCUUGCCAAUAUUUACGGCGAGCUAAAUUUGAUGUGAAUUAUCUUUCUCAUCUUCAAUGUCGUACAACAUUGAAAAUGAGAAAAAAGAUGUGUUGCUGUGCUUUGACGAUUCCCAGCAUUAAUUUGAUUGCUGAAGACUUCCCAUGGUUUUAUGUACGAAGGAGGUGGAUUUAUUGCUAAAUGAUUGUAGUAAGCAGAUAAACCUUAUAGGUUGGAGGAAGAAUUCUACUUUACCUCACAGAGUUGAGACAAGUCCGUAGGAGAAGUCGGCGGUGUCAUUCUUGAAAUGCUAAAAUGAUUCUACAUGCUUUGCAAGAGUGAUGAAUCGUGUUUUGAAUGUAUUACUGGAAAGUCCCCAGUAAAGACUGGGUUUUGGCCUUAGUUGUCACUUUAGGCUACUACGGAGACAUGCACAUUGUCUAUCCAAAAUUAAAAAAGGGGAAAAAAAUACAAAAAAAAUAAAAAAAAAUGAAAUAAGAGGAAGUCCCCAGUAACAUUUUCCUGUAGGUCCUUUGUUAGUUAUUUUUAUUAGCUUCUGAACUAAAUAAUUCAAUAUACAAUCGGCAUAUUUUUGCUUCUCUAAAUUUCAGGCGCAAAACACCAGGUCUUUCUGGGACCAGAAAGGUCCUUGAAGUUCACUUACCAGAAAGCUCUUGCAAAUUUAUCACUUGCAGUCGGAAGUACAUUCUGUUUUAUUGGAAACUGUUGGACGAGACGGGAGACAUCUGUACACUUGACCGGGCUUACAUCUCUAUUCGAGCAAAUAAGAGGGUACAACCAUAUUUUCAU